AGGACUCUAUAGCUACUUCUUAUGAAAUGCAAAAGAACUACUAAUGUCUAUGUGGUUGAGAUGAGGCAUUCUGGUGUGCCACACCUCCUCAUUAAGCUUUCCAUGAUAUAUUUUUCUAUCUCCACUGCAAUAAUCGUCAAAACCAGCUGUCACUUCUAUCACGCAAUUCUUAGCCUUGUGCCGCAAGCAGCAUUUACCACAUUCCAAAAAUGCCACAGUUAAAGAGGAUGGCAUUCCCUGUAGAUAUUCUGACAAAUGUGGAUCACGAGUUCUUAGAGCUGGCAGCCGAGGAAUACAUGUCUCAGAUCCUCUACAGAAAUCCUGACACAGCUGAGUACCUCAGACUACCUGAUUCCAAACAGAUAGAGAUUGGACUCUGCAAUGUGAGUUUUGUCCCUCUAUAUGGAACAGAUACUAAAAAGAAGCUCCUUGCAUUGUUCUUACCUGAUGACUUUACCACAGUUGUUGGGCUUUAUUUGUUGGGCCAGUGGUGGGGAGUUGAAGAUGUUCUUAAAACAGCAGAGCCCUCAAGAACGGGCCUGAUCAAGGUCAGCACUCUUGGGGAGAGGAUAGUCCUAUAUGUUCUCAACAGAAUUGUGUUGAGAAAUGAGAAGAGCAGUGAAGAUGUUUCCUUUCUCUGCCAUUGUGAGCAUGAAAGUGCGAAAAUACUAUGGAAGGAUGGAGAGGCCAUUGGCUUUUACUCAUACAAACCCAAAGGUAGCUUGUGCAGAAACUUCUUGACCCAGUGCUAUCAACUUCCUGUCAUGGACACAUUAUUUGUCAGGAAGUGUCACCGGGGCAAGGGUCAUGGCGUAAAGAUACUGGAAGACUUUGUUGGUAGCUUCAGAAAGGAGUAUAUAGGGUUGAAGUUUCCUCUUUCUGAAGCUAUUUAUAAAGUUUGUGAGAAGUACUUCAGUAUACAUCCAGCAGACAAAGAGAUUCUGUGGGAAGUAGAGAAAAUAGGAAGCCCUUUCCAGAGAACUCUAAUAGCAAACAGGCUACAGAAGUUGAAGCUACAAGCAGAGAAGGACCAGGUUGUGAGCAAACUGAAAUUUGUGGAAGAUGCUGCUCCAAUGGAAAUCGAGAUCACAAAGGUUCAGGAAACCAUUGAAAACACAGUGGAGAUAGUGGAGGAGACCAUUACAGACAUCACCAAAGAAGUAGAUGACGUACCAGUCUCAAGGCGUGGCAGAAGUAGCAGCCUGAAACGCAGAGGUAUCAGAGAAAAUUCAGAGGAGAGGCUUUCAAAGAUCAUAAUCAGGGUGGAAGACAUUGAGGCAGGAGUUGAAAGUCCAAUUGAGGUGGCAACUGAGGAACAUCUUGAUGACACUUUUUCUGUAAAAGAAUCAGAAACUGUACUCAGGAGUACAACAGACACAGUAACUGCAACUGUGACAAACAUAUCAGAGCUUAGAAGUUCACAGAAAGAGGAGGAACAUGAAAUUGAAAAAGACACAGCUACAUCAGAGGGGACUCCAGUCACCCACCUCACCACAGCUGGGGAAGUAAAGAGCCAGAGAGGCAGUGAAGAGGAAUGUGAAAUUGUUAAUGUGGAGCACACUGUUGUAAAACAAGGAGCCACUAUAGGGUCUAUUGACCAAAACCAACUUCAGUCUGUGGUGGAUAUAGAAAUUGUAAAGAUGAGUACAGGAACUGAAGAGGAACAAAAUGAGAAUUUAGAAAAGAACAAAGAGGUUGAGGAAGAUAAACCUGUGUGUGAGACAGAGGAGGAGGAAAUAAAAAUGCUGGAUGAACCUGAAGAGGAAAAGGCUAUGAGUGGGACUGUUGAAAUGUAUAACAAUACAAAAGCUGUAGAAGAGGCGACAGAUCAAUCAGAGACUCUUGCUAACAAAGCAGAAUCAGAAUCUGAGGUUGAGGAAUACAGAGAAAAAGAAGAGCUUAAAGUGGAAACUGAUUCUACUAUGGACGCUGAAAUCACACAGGGGGAAAAUGUAGAUGUAGUUCCUGAAAUUUCAGAAAUAGACCAAGAAGAAGCACCACAACAGUCAUCCGUAGAGUCUGCUGAGGUACAUAAAUGGAAAACAACACCUGAAGAGGACCAGAAGACAGUCGAGAAUAGCUCUAAGAUGUUGACAUUGAGUGAAGCCAAAGUUGUGCUUGUAGAUUUGCAUACACUUUCUCCUGAAGAGGCGAGUGAUUAUAACAGAGAGAUAGAUAUUGCUGAACAAGAUGAAAUGAAGCACACAAUGUCAUCUGAGCAACAAGCAGCUGAAGAAAUUAUGAUAAUGGAGGAACAAGAUGGUACAUUGGACACAACAAAAGGAUAUAAUGUAGCAACUGAUGCCAAAAGAACUCCAGAACAAUCAACUGGAUACAAAGAACAAGAGGGUGAGCUAGAACCAGAAACCACAGAAGUUGUUCUUCUAAGCCAAGUUGAGAAACCAGAGGAGAAAACAAACACUGAACAAGCUAAAGUGGAUGCACAAAAGAAAGGAUCUACCGACACCCCAAGUAGAUCAACAAAUCUUGGAGAUCAAACUGUUGACCCUAGGGUGACGGUUAGAUGUCUCAGAAGCACUUUGAAACAAAUAAAGAUCACACCUGUUAGGAGAUCUACACGUAGCAAAGCAGUGAUUCAGCAGGUAGAAAGUGUUGCGCCACAACACAAGGCCAAAUUCAGGACUGAUGAGAGGGAUGAAGUUAUUGCAGAGGAUGUAGGUCCAGAGGAGAGUGACAAGGCAAACACAGAUGUUGAUGAAACAGUAGUCAUUGAAUCUGGAAGUUUUGAACUGCUGAAAGCUACAGAAGAGAAAACACCUCAGAUUACAGAGACUACUGAGGGAAACAUCCCACUUGUAGAAGCAGAACCUGAUGAGGAUGUAAAAGAAAAAGUUAAAGCAAUCAAAAAGAUUGAGUACAAGGAAGCGAAUUUAGCUGGACAAACAAACAGUGACAUAGAGAUGAGCAGUCUUGCUCAGGAGACAGAUGUCCAGGAAGAGGAGGUACCAGUCAGCACAGAGAUAAAUCUCAGACGUAGAACAAUAAGAGUUCAAUCUCCACUGAGAAGGAAAUCUAGACGUGUACAAAAACAAGAAGCUGAAGCAGAUGUUGAUCAUCAGGAAAGACACACAGUGGUGACCAAGAAUAAAACUGAAGCAAUCCCAAUGACAAAAGAGAGAGUUGAAGAAAUUGAUCAAGAGGUCAACAAGAUGGAAAACAAGGAAGCAAAAUUAGCUGAGUUGGAGCCAGUGGAAGAACCAGACAUGAUUAGAAAUGGAGAUGAAAAAACUUCAGCAUCAACAGAAGAGAUUGUGAUUGUCUGUUGUUUACCGAUUAUUACAACAGAGACCAGUUUUGAAAGUCUUGAUGAUAUGGCAAACUCAAACACUGUGGAAACUGCAGCUGUUGAUACUGAGAAAUCUGAUAUACUGAUGGGUGUAGAAAUAGAUGAUCAAGAAAAAGAACAUGUACAAACACAGGAAGACACUGAAAUGAUCCAUGAGGAAGAAAAAAUAGAGGAAGAAAACACAGUUGAAGAGCAGAAAAAACUUGAUAAACAAGACAUGACAUUUGAGGAGCAAAAGCCAAUAGAAGAUUUGGCCACAAUGCCAGCUCAGAACAACCUGGUGGAAAGCACUAAAAAUGACAUCAACCGGAAUGAGGAUGAAGGAGUGAGCAGUCUUACUGAAAAAACUGAAAUAGUCCAAAUAACAGAAAAGAGUGCUGACAAAGUGGAUCAAGGUGCAGAAAAAGAGAAAGAGCAAGCAUCUCAAAAAUCAACUGUUGAGGCUACUGAUAAUGUGAUCCCAUUUGUAGAAGCAGAACCCGAAGAGGGUGUAGUAGAAAAAGAAGCUAAAGAAAUUAACAAAAUGGAAAACAAAGAAACAAAUUUAGCUGUGACAAAGGACACAUAUGAUGAGGCACCUGAGAUGGGAGAAGAAGCCAAUUUAGAGCAACAGAAAAAUGAACCAUUGUUUAAAAAUGAGAAAGAAACAGCUGAGACAGAAAAACCCAUGGAGAUGGACCCAGUGGUUAGCAAGGAGCAAACAAAUGUUAUAGAGGGGACCACCAUUCAAAUAGAGGAGGUCUCACUGGUGGAAAGCACUGAAAUCAAUCAAAGUGACAAUGCAAGGAUCACAAGGAGAAGUCUCAGGCUCAGUGCAAAAUCAGUCACAUCUACACAGAAUACCAGAAAAUCUACACGUCUCCACAAAGCAGAGUUGGAACCAGUAAAAGAAGCAAAUAUGAGUAGAAAUGAAUAUGAAGAAACCUCAGCAGCAACAGAAAGGACUGUGAAUGUGGGUAUACCCAUAAUUACAGUAGAGACCAACUUGGAAAGUCCUGAAGAAAUACCAAACACAAAUGUUGAGAAAACUUCAGCUGUUGGACCUGAGACGUCUGUACUGCUGAUGGGUGUAGAAACAGACAAUAAAAAGGAGGCACCUAAGAUUUUAGAGGCGGUCACACUUGUAGAAGCAGAACCCGAUGAAGAGGCAGAGAAAGAUGAUGGUACUCCAAUAAUACAGCUGCAAAAAGCCACAGUAGUACUUGUAGAUUUAAACAACCUUUCCCAAAGCACAGAAGGAGAGAGUGACACUCCAAAAGUCUUAACGAAUUCCCAGACAGAGGAACAACUGGAACUGGAUGAACCAGAUAAAAGUGAAUAUCAACUACGUAUCCAGACAUCCGAACAUGAGGAACAGCAAGAAGAACUACAAAAAGAGGAAAAUACGGAAAAGACCCCUGUGGAAGAAGAGGACAAAGUGGAGGAAGAAAACACAGUUGAAGAGCAGAACAAACUUGAUAAACAAAUCAUAACAUUUGAGCAGCAGAAACUUACAGAAGUUUUAGAAGGAAAAAAUGAUGAAAAUGAGACAGAGAUUGUAGAGGAAUAUAAGGCAGUCAUAGAUGAGGAUGUGGAAGAAACUGUAACAUCUAAAGAACAUCCAGAAGCAACAACAAUGGCAGACAAAGCUAAUAUAAUUAAGGAGACAGAAAAUUAUCAAGAUGUUGCUUUAAAAGAGAAACAAACAGACAGUGAUGUAGAGAUGAGCAGUCUUGCUCAGGAGGCACCAGAAGCUGUCCAGGAAAUCUUAGAAGAAGAGGUACCAGUCAGCACAGAGAGAAGUCUCAGACAUAGAAAAAUAAUAGUUCAGUCUCCACCAAGAAGGAAAUCUAGACGUGUACAAAAUCAAGAAGCUGAAGCAGAUGUUGAUCAUCAGGAAAGACACACAGUUGUGACCAAGAAUAAAACUGAAGCAAUCUCAAUGACAGAAGAGACAGUUGAAGAAAUGGAUCAAGAGGUCAACAUGAGGAACGAGGAAACACGUUUAGCUGAAUUGGAGCCAGUGGAAGAGGAUACUGAGAAGGUUGUCCCACUUGUAGAAGGAGAACCUGAUAAGGAUAUAAAAAAUGUAGAACCUGAUGCGAAUGCAGAAAAGGGAUUUGAAGAAAUCAACAAGAUGGAGAACAAGGAACAAAGCUUAGAGAACGAUGCGGCUCCUGAGAUGGAAAGAGAAGAAGCCAAUUUAGAGCAACAUGAAAAUGAGUCAUUGGUUUCAGUGGUUUGCAAGGAGCAAACAUACGUUACAGAGGAGACCACCAUUCAAGUAGAGGAGGUCUCACAGAUGAAAAUCUCUGAAACCAAUGACAAUAAAAGCGAAAGAAUCACAAGGAGAAGUCUGAGGAUCAGUGCACAGCCAGCCACAUCUACACAGAAGACCAGAACAUCUACACGUCUCCACACAGCAGAGUUGGAACCAGUGAAAGAAGCAGAUAGGAGUAGAAAUGAAGAAACCUCAUCAACGACAGUAGAGACUGUGAAUGUCUGUGUACCAAUUAUUACAGUAGAGACCAACAUGGAAAGUCUUGAUGAAGAUGGAGAUGUGGUUUUCAUGAGUAGAAAUGUGGAAACUACUUCAUAUGAGCAAGAGAAAGACAUAUCAAAUGAUAAGGGAAAGGUGGAUGAAGCUUUGCUUGACAAAUCAACAGAUGAACAAGAAGAUGAGACCAAGAGCUCGAUUAAAACAACUGAAAAUGAAAUUCUGGUGGAAAUGGAUAAAACACAAAAAGUUGUAGAAGGGGGAGUUCAAGAUGAAGAAAAAGCAGAGCCUGAACAGGAAAACGCAGACCAGAAACCAGAGGAGAAUACUCAACAGAAGGGAGAAGAUGAAGCAAGAACAAGCUCAGUAAAAGAGGAUGCUACUCAAGAAGAAGAAGCAGUGUCAAAAGAGGAAAAUGUGGGGGAAACCAAUCUGACAAAUGAAUUUAAGACAACAGCUGCGGAGGGGAAGGUUGCUUUAGAAAGCUCCGAUCAAGAGGCAUCUUUCAUUACAAGAAGAAGUCUCAGAUACCGGACAGUAACAGUCCAGUCUACACCAAGAAGAAAAUCAAAACGCCUCCACAGACAAGAGGUGGCGUCAGAAAAAGAAACAAAGGACAACAUAUGUGGAAAUGAAAAUGACUCAGCAAUACAGAAAUCAGCUGAUGAUUUAAAUAUCGAGAAGGAGAAUGAGGCAUUAAAUGCUGAGGAGAGCAUUACUGAAUUUGAAAAUUUAAAGACAAAAGAGGGAGAAGGCAUUAUUCAGGUAAAUAUAGAAGGAAAGGCAGAGGAAACAGGGACAAAGGAAGGAAAUGAAAUCCUGUUUGAAAUCAAUGAAAGUAACAGUGCCUGCCCAGACAACACUGAGGAGAACAAGACUCGAGAGGAAAAUCUUAAGAGAGAUGUACAGGUGCCUACAGAACAGGAGGAGGAAGAAGUCUCUAGUGUACAGGCGGAAGAGAAACCACUCCAGGAAAAAGAAACUGAGGGAGCAGUGCAAGGAAGUUCUUUUGAUUUGGAGGAAACAACAGUGGAAAGUAGAACCCUGAGAAAAAGAUUGACUGUUGAAACGGCUGCUCCAAGAAAAUCCAAACGUCUUCGCAAACAAGAGCAUGAUGAAGAUAGCAAGCAAGUCAAAGAAGUUAUGCAACAAACUGAGACAGUAGAAGUGACAUUUACAACAGAGAAUGUAGAGCUGAGCUCAGAUGUACCUGCAGCAGUUUUUGAGGGCAGUAAUUUGGGUGGAGGAACACAACAGAAAAUCCAGAAAAAUGCAGAAGGGACUAAAUCAGAUGGAGAUUGUAAUAUACAUGAAGACACCAAGACAGAUGCAGGUGAAUCUCAAGAGAAGCAUAAAGAGAAAAGAGUAAAUAAACCUCAGACAGAUGAGGAUAACGACGAGGUUAUGGAGCAAAAUAGCAGGAAAGUAGAAGAGGCAGGUGAAUUGGAGGAAGUGAUAGAGCAACAUGUGGAGGCAGAAGAGCAAAAGGUUGAGUCCAGUACAAAUGCAAAUGAGGGCUUCACUUUAGAGUUGGAGGAAGAGGAAACAUCUGAUCAAGAAGAAAACAAAGCAGAUGAGGACAGCAGAGUGGCCACGGAGGCCGCAAAAGACGUCAUAUUCACAUCUGCAGAAAAAUCUGAUGAAGGUGAAGAAAAUGUCUCUGAUGAGGAUGAGAAAGGUCUUGCCAUUGAAAAGCAUGUUCUUCAGAGUAGCUCAAGUACAUCUUCAAGCAGACGAAGAUCAAUGAGACUGCAAAUGCAUGACUCUAAAAAGAACACUAAGGAAGAUGAAUCCGAUUCCGAGGAGUCAGAAGAACAACAAACAGCGAAACAGAGGAAAAGAAAAGCCAUAACUGACUUGACACCUGCACGCAGAUCAAAACGCUAUAGGGCAAAAAUAGUUUAGCAGAUUCGUGGGUCUUGUAUUAAUACAGGCCGCCUAUGCAUUGUAUAAUGCACUUAUUAUUUGCAUUAUAUAACUACCAAUUAUAUAAUGUGAAGUUUUCUGUUACAUUUUCAAAUGCAAAAUCAUGCAAAU